GAAAUAAAAAUAACCUUAUAAGUAAACAAGAACUUCUGUUUGUAUAAAUUUACAGUUAUUAAUUUUAACUCACAAAACUGCAUCUAGAUUUAUUUUUGUUGCAUUUUUUAAGAAAUGCCAAGAAAAAACAAUCAAGCUUUUCAAAAACCAUCAUAGCCAGAAAAAAAAUGUGCAGUUAUGUGGAAAUUAAGAACAAACACAUUCCUAAAUAUAUGUAUAGUUGUAAGUUUACUGUUCCUAUUUUAUUAUGCUCUUUUGACCCAAGACGUUAUUAAACAAAGAAGACAGUUACGUAGAAAUGUAAGAAAAGACUUAGGAAGCAUCAAAUUCUUGCCAUCUGCCUCGAAAAAGUCAAAGGAGUACAACAUUUGGCUAAUAUUCACAAAAGUUACUAAUGUCUCUACUCUUAGCUACAAGUUCAGAGAUCUGAUACAUAACUUGUUAAAUGUUAGUUCUGUGCCUUUAAAAUUUAAUAUUAUUGUUGAUAAAGUAUCGCAAGGUAUUGCUGAAAACCAAAUAGCUGAUGUGAUCUAUGGAAAUAAGACUCUGGUGUAUUCCUUCUAUGAUAUAGAAGAGAGCGCCAAAAAGAUUCAAGAUAUUGUUGAAGUGAUGACACCACACUUCAGUUCCAAACCUGGUACUUAUUAUAGUGAUGCAUUAUUUUAUAUAUCGUUAGGAUUGUAUAGGAUAGCCCCACAAAGCCAACACUAUGCCAUUUUACUUGAUUGUGAUCUAUACUUUAAAAAAGACAUAUCAUUAUUAUUUAAUGAGUUUGACAGAUUUAAGCCUGGUGCUCUUUUUGGAUUAGCCCCAGAGUUAACUCCUGUAUAUCGUCAUAUUCUUCACAUGUACAAAGCCAAACAUAACACAACCUUUGGAGAGUAUUACCAUGACAAUAAUAUAUCAAAUGAUGUCCAUCCAAGAGGUUUUCAAGGUUACAAUUCUGGUGUGGUACUUAUCAACCUCGCUGCUCAAAGAAAAUCCUUGGAGUUUCCCAAAGUUAUUUCAAAUGGGACUGUGCAAGCGAUGACAUCUAAAUAUAGAUUCCGAGGCCAUCUAGGGGAUCAAGAUUUCUACACUCUAGUGGGCUACGAAUACCCUCAUCUCAUCCAAACGUUAAACUGUGGCUUCAACAGACAACUGUGUACAUGGUGGAGAGAUCAUGGAUAUAGCAAUAUUUUUUCGAAUUAUUUUAAAUGCGAACAUGACAUUGUGGUUCUGCAUGAAUAGUGGCCUAAUUGACGUUUUAAGAACCGCAAUUACAUGAUGGAUUUAGCCAAAAAGCUUGAACGGAAGCCAAAGCGUAGCGGCAGACCACUGUCGAUAUCCAGAGAUGAGAAUACCAUGGCAGUCACACAACAAUUAUCCUGAAGUUAUGGUUUGAGCAGGAAUUAAUAUCGAGAUGUUGCUUUGAGUUGAGGCCGGCGCCCACUUAAACGGGAAGGACCGCGAUGAUCGGCAUUUUAAUAUUUUCGUCUAUUCAAAUGACUCGGCACAAUGUGCUACGAUUCCGUAAAGUAGGCGCUGAGCCAUUUCAAUAUGUACAAGAAAAUAUUAAUAUGCCGAUCGUCGCGGUCCGUUCCGUAUAAGUGGGCUCCGGCCUUUGUGGGGAAAUAAAACCAAAGUUUCGUAAAAUUUUUUUUUUCGCAAAUUUGCCCGCUGAUUUAUGCCCACUCAUAUAAUUUUCAGAGACUUCUACAAAAAUUAAAUUCCGACUCAUUACAAGCAAUUUAAGCUGUUAUUGUACAGAUUCCCACUGGACUAUAUUUUGUAUUUACAUACCAGUCAUUGCCAUUGUUAAAUGAUUAAAUUGCGAUUGCUUUGUAGCUUGUUGUUAGAUAUAUUUAGGUUAUAUUAUGUACGACGAUUGUUGAGUAUUUUAAGAAUUUUUUUAGAAAUUUUUGACAUUUUUGUAGUAUUUUUCCAAUCCCAUUGAAAUUGUUCUAAGUGCAAUUAGAAAUAAAAAUUAUAUUUUUUCUGUUAUGAAAUAUGUAUAUUUUACCAAUAAAAUUGUUUUAUAUAACAACACCUUUAUUUUAACAUCAAAAAAUUUGUUAAGCAACAUUUUCUAGAAUGCUUGUACAAAUAUCAAAGUACUAUUACAUAUACAACAAAAUAUAGGAGACAAUACUGAAUUUUACAAAAGUUUCUAGAUCCAAACCCAGCAUACAGCUAGUAGUCUAGGGCGCAUCUGUUUUGAGAUGGA